CACAUUUGUCGUAAUCGUAAAAAAACAGCGAAACAUUUUCAAGCUAACCUCUAACCCAAAAACGCUGCACGUGUUGGGUUAUUGUGUGCGUUUAAAUCAGUGAACGACGCAAGUGCUCUAAAUACCCAACGCGGGUCACUUAUUUAAGUGUGUCAAGACGCUCCCGCGUGUGAAUAAUAAACCCGCGUGUUACAAUCUUUGAAAAUGACGGAAGUGCUUCAACCCGGUGCGGACGUUUUGUCCGAGAAAAAGAAGAAGAAAAACAAGGAUACCGUGUCGUUGGGCACGUUUCAGAAGCUCGGAGACUUCAAGAUCGAGCCCUCCGAGAGUGUGAAAAAGCUAGACACAGCGUACUGGCCGCUGUUGCUGAAAAACUUCGAUCGUCUCAACGUGCGGACUAAUCACUACACGCCGCUGCCUUUCGGACACUCUCCUUUGAAGCGCCCUAUCAGCGAUUACAUCAAGUCUGGCUUCAUAAACGUAGACAAGCCCAGCAACCCGAGCUCCCACGAGGUAGUUUCAUGGAUAAAGCGUAUUUUGAAAGUGGAAAAGACUGGUCACUCGGGCACGCUCGACCCCAAGGUGACGGGAUGUCUGAUCGUGUGUGUGGACCGCGCGACGCGGCUGGUGAAGUCUCAGCAGAAUGCCGGCAAGGAGUACGUGGCCGUGUUCAGUCUUCACUCCGCUGUGGAGAGUAUCAAGAAGGUUACUCAAGGUUUGGAGAAGCUGCGAGGCGCGCUCUUUCAGCGUCCACCUCUAAUCUCCGCUGUGAAGCGACAACUUCGCGUCCGUUCAGUGUACGACAGCAAACUACUUGAUUUUGACGCUGAAAGAAACAUUGGUGUCUUCUGGGUGAGCUGCGAGGCAGGCUCUUACAUCAGAACAAUGUGUGUCCAUCUCGGGCUAAUGCUCGGAGUCGGAGGACAGAUGAUUGAGCUCCGAAGAGUGCGGUCUGGUAUCCAGGGCGAGGGAGAAGGUAUGGUCACAAUGCAUGAUAUCUUAGACGCUCAAUGGGCUUAUGAAAACCACAAAGAUGAGAACUAUCUCCGCCGAGUCAUCAAGCCUUUGGAAGGUCUCCUCAUUGCACACAAGAGGAUCUUCGUGAAGGAUAGUGCAGUCAACGCUAUCUGCUAUGGAGCUAAAGUCCUGCUACCUGGUAUUUUAAGGUACGAAGAUGGAAUAGAAAUUGACCAAGAAAUUGUUAUAGUAACAACGAAAGGAGAAGCCAUCGCUUUAGCUAUUGCGUUGAUGACCACUUCAACAAUGGCAUCAUGUGACCAUGGUGUUGCUGCGAAGUUAAAACGAGUUAUCAUGGAGAGGGACACGUAUCCCCGUAAAUGGGGCUUAGGGCCGAAGGCAUCGCAGAAGAAGCAGCUAAUACAACAAGGGAAAUUAGACAAAUUCGGCAAACCUAAUGAAAAUACUCCGUCAGAAUGGUUGAACAGCUACAAGGAUUACAACAAGGGUAAAGCGAAAGAAAACGGAGAAGCCGAGAGUCAAGAUGCCGAAGAGGAAGGUAGUAGGAAGCGUACAGCCAGCACUGCUAAUGCUGACGACACAAACAACUCAAUCGAAGUGAAAUCUGAGAAAAAGAAGAAGAAGAAGAAGCGUGACUUAGAUGAAACUGCCGAAGGAGAGACGACGGAAGCCGCCGACACCACGAUGGAGGUGACGGAGGACGGGGAACAGAAACAAAAGAAAAAGAAGAAGAAGAAGGACAAACAGAAAGAGAGGGAAGACGAAUGAGGACUAUUUUGUUACGUCAGUGAGAAAUCAAAGUGAAAUCAGAUGCAACUAGUGGUACUAAAGUAGCUUUCUUUACGAACUGUACAGUCAACCAAUUGGAACCCUAGGCCACUGUAGAACUAUGUCAUAGUGACGUUAUACAUCCGAUUGUAAGAAAUCUCUUACUGCUUGUCAUUUUGACAUGGUUGUAGAGUGGCCUAGGGUUUCAAUAGGUUGACUAUACACUGAGAUACAGUUUGUGACUACAAACAUGUUUGCUUGCCAAGGGCAAUAUAGAUUGGCAGGUCCUAAAACUUUUCAACUUGUACCUUAAUUCAAAUUAAAAUGAAAGUCUAGUGAUUUAAAACAUUAUAGAGUGCUAUAUUUUUAAAAAUGUAUAAAAUAGUCUUAAAUGCUAGAAGCAUUGAAGUAUUCAGCAUUGAUUGAUUGAAAAUUAUUUUAACACUUGAUUAAACAUGUAUGUCUGCAAAAGCUAGAUUUGACCAUGUUGACUUAUUUUUUAUUGUUUACCAGUGACAGACUCUUGUAAUAUUGAUUUAUAUUUCAUUCUGUAUUGAUAUUCUAGCAAUGUUUUUUAUAAACUGAACAUAGACUUAUCUAAUAAUAAAACUGAACUAGGCUGACAAACUUAGUAAGUGCAACUCAGUCAAAAAAGUAAGUUUUGUUUAAUAGAUUCGGUUUUAAACCAGUGAAAUAUAGUAGUCUUAUAAUAAAUACUAAUAUAGUAGUCUUAUUAUAAAAAGGUCAUGUUUUUUCAUUGCAAAUAAUGGCUAGAUUAUCAAUAACUUUGAAUAUUUUUAGUUGAAUCAGCUAGAUAUCUAUAUGCUACGGGUUUUGCAUUUUUCUACUGACCCCAAAUAGUUGUAGACAUAUUUUAAGGCAAAAGUGUUUUAUUUGAGAAGUUGAUAGUUUAAGUUAGUUUUAAGGAAAAUGUUGAGUUGUAAGUUUAUCUUUAAUACUGGUCAACAUUCAAAAUAAAAUGUAUAAAAAAUA